CUGCCCAGCCCACGCCGGGGGCUUUUGAGUGAAGCACGCAGGAACCGGAAAGACUGUACGAAUAUCGGAGGAUGAUCAGUCCUUGGCUCCUCAAGGCGGGAGGAUGGUGGAGAUGCUUUUCAGUCCCACUGGAGUCAUCCCUGACUCAGGCCUUCCGUAAUUUCUGCUGCGGGAAAAAAUUCUCUGCAUCUGAGAAAAUUCUUACCAAUGUUGCUAUCGGUGAUGAGAAUGCAAAGGAGUCUGGAAAAGCACUUGACAAGCUCUUCUCUUCAGAACAGCAGGCCUCUAUCUUGCAUGUGUUGAAUACAGCAUCGAAGAAGGAACUUGAAGCUUUCAAAUUGCUUCAUGGAAGAAAAUCCAUCAAUAUUGUAGAGCACAGAGAAAAGUUUGGGCCAUUUCAAAAUUUGGAGAGUUUGGUGAAUGUGCCCUUGUUACAGUAUAAAACUGCUGUUCAAGUUUGUAACUCCAUUCUUUUUCCAGAGACUGGAAAGAAAAAAAGAAAGUCAUGGGAAAACCAGCUGGGAAAGCUCAUCAAACCAGACAUUGAAAGAGAGAGACUUAAGGCAGUUAAGAGCAUUGUAUCUAUUGUUUUUGGUACUCGAAGAAUUGCAUGGGCGCACCUUGAUCGUAAAUUGACAGUACUGGAUUGGCAGCAAAGUGACUGUCGGAAACUAAUGAAUAGACCACACUCAUCAUCAGUCUAUUUAGAAGAGAUUUCUUCAGUCAUUUCAAAGAUGCCUAAAGCAGAUUUCUAUGUUCUAGAAAAAACAGGACUUUCCAUUCAGAACUCAUCUCUGUUUCCCAUACUGUUACAUUUUCACAUCACGGAGGCCAUGUUGUAUGCCUUACUAAAUAGAGCUUUUGCUCAGGACGGCCAGCACCGGGUGCUGAGCAUGAAUCGAAAUGCAGUGGGGAAGCACUUUGAACUGAUGAUUGGCGACACUCGCACUAGUGGGAAAGAACUGGUGAAGCAGCUCCUCUCCGAAUCUGUACUGAAGGCAGAGCCACGGGUGUUCUUCCCACCAGAGAAGAUGGUGCACUACAGACAGAUGUUUUUACCUACAGACCCAUACCGGAUAGAAGAGUUUUAUGACUCACUACUACAGGCUGUUGCUUUCUAUGAAUUAGCAGUUUUUGAUACUUAGCCUUAGAACACUGAGAUUAAUGAACCUACUCUGUUAUUUUAAUUUAUUCUAAAAUUGUAAAAGCAACUGUUCUGAAUACCCAUGUUAAUGGAGAAAACACGUCUUUAGUGUAUUCUUUGUUUAUAAAGUCAGAUUUUUGGGUGUGAAAUGGUGUACGCAAUAAUAAGUCAAGACCAAAUCAAUAAAUAUUUUAUUUUGAGAUACUGUGCCUUUCCAGUUAAUAAGGUGCCUGCCCAGACAGCCAGAAUAAGAAACAAAGUUAUCUUUCUGUAAAAGCAAAUACCAGCUGGGCACUGUGGCUCAUGCUUGUAAUCCUAGCUACUUGGGAGGCUGAGAUUGGGAGGAUCUUCGUUGGAGACCAAUGUGGGCAAAUAUUUUACAAGACCCCAUCUCCAAAAUAACCAAAGCAAAAUGGGCUGGAACUAUAGCUCAAGUGGUAGAGUGCUUGCCUAGCAAUGCACAAAACCCUGGGUUUAUCCCCAGUACUAUAAGAAAAAAUCCCAGUCUUACCAAAAAUAAAAACAAAUACCACUCACUUCCACAUCUAUAAUCCCAGCACUUGGGAAGGUAAGGCAGGAGAAUUUGUGGAUUACAUAGGGA